AUGGCGACCUACCACUCAACAUGUCCCAACAAGUGUCAGGUGCUUGCAUCUAGCAAGAAUUCUCUCAGCAGACCUGGUGUACUGAUUUCUGACACAGAAUCCCGCCUUCAUUCGCUGAUCGGGGUCGCGAGCAUGAACGAGGGGCAGCAUGUCACAUUCCAGGCCCGUGUUCACCACAUUCGACCACUAGGAUCCAAAAUCAUCUUUAUGGUCUUCCGAAGUCAAUUGACGACGCUGCAAGGGGUGUUGACGGAGGAGGAAGGGGUUAUCUCACACAAUAUGGUCCGAUGGGCCGAGGGCUUAAAUCGCGAAACCAUCGUCCUCGUCAAAGGCGUCGUACAGAGGCCGCCGGACGGCCAGGAGGAAGUACACAGUACGCGAGUACAUAACCAUGAGGUCAAGAUCCAGAAGUUGUAUGUUAUCGUUGGCCCAACGUCGACGUUGCCGUUUCAGGUCGAAGGUGUCUCCAGGACAGAGGAAGCUGAUUCCAAGGAAGACGCGCAUUUGCCUCGCGUCAACCAAGCUACGCGAUUUACCAAUCGCGUGCUGGAUCUGCGAUUACCUGCAAAUCAAGCGAUUUUCCGGAUACACGCAGGGGUCUGCCUGCUGUUCCGGGAGUUCCUGCAGAGCCAGGGCUUUCUCGAGAUUCAGUCGAGCAAAUUUCAGGAGUCGAGCACAGAGAGUGGUGCAGAAGUAUUCAAGGUGGACUACUUCCGACGGCCGGCGUUCCUCGCUCAGAGCCCACAGCUCGCGAAGCAGAUGUGCAUUGCGGCAGAUAUGGAGAGAGUAUUCGAGAUCGGGCCUGUCUUUAGGGCUGAGAAUUCAAAUACUCACCGACACUUGACCGAAUUCAUUGGUCUUGACCUGGAAAUGCAGUUCGAAUCGCAUUAUCACGAGGUGUUGGACAUAAUCGACAGGAUGUUCAUCCACAUGUUUCGUGGCCUGCAAGAGAGGUUCCGGGAAGAGAUCGAGGUCGUGAAAGUACAGUUCCCGCACGAUGACCUCGUCAUUCUGGAUGAGACACCACGGUUGAAGUUUGCUGAAGGCAUUGGGAUGCUGAAGGAGAGCGGGUGGAAGGAGGAGGAUGGGUCGCCGGCGGAUGAGUGGGAUGACUUGAGCACGGCGGCAGAACGACGGUUGGGUCAGUUAGUGAAAGAGAAGUACGGUGCAGAUUACUACAUCUUAGAUAAGUUCCCACUUGAGGCCCGGCCGUUCUAUACGAUGCUAGAUCCUGAGGACGACCGUCUAUCCAAUUCAUUUGACAUCUUCCUGCGUGGCGAGGAGAUUCUGUCCGGAGGGCAGCGAAUACAUGUUGCACCAAUGCUGGAAGAGCGCAUGCGAGCCGCCGGGAUCGACCCCGAGAGUAUGAAGGACUACGUGAACGGCUUUCGCUGGGGCUGCCCACCUCACGGUGGAGGCGGCGUUGGCCUGGAGCGGGUCGUCAUGCUCUUUCUCAAGUUGGGUGAUAUUCGCCACGCAAGUCUGUUCCCACGAGACCCGAAGAGUUUCGCAAAGAACGGUAAGGACCUAGCCGAAGCAUCCAUGAGCGCAGCAAUGGCUAUGGUCCUGCACGGACCCGAGGAAAAGACAUUCCAGGAGGGUCAUCCACACGGUGACCUGCCUCCUCUCGAGGACCUCAUCGCGCACUACGGCGAUUCGACGAACACCUCGUGGAUAGACCCUGCGUGGACAGUGUGGCGGGACACAAAGACCGGGGCGGCGGUCGGCUACAUCACGCAGAGCCACUUUGCUGUCGCUUUCGGUAACCCGCUGUGCGAGCAGAAGCAGAUGUUAGGCGUGAUCAACGCGUACUUGCAGCACAUCGAGGAGAAGAAGCUCAAACCAGUGUGGUGCUGCAUAGGCCAAGAGACCGAGCGCGUACUGGCCGAAGAGCUACAUUGGAGCGCGAUUAUAGCGGUGGCGGAGGAACGCCUCAAUCCGAUCGAGGUGGACCCGGCGUCGAAUGACAAGACGGUGCGGCGGAAGGUACAUAGAGCAGAGAGAGACGGGGUGAAGAUCAUCGAGAUAGACGGAGAACCCGAGGAUGACAUCCGCCAGAAGUUGGAGGAGCGGUGCCAGGAGUGGUCGGAGCACCGCAAGGGCACGCAGAUACACCUGACGGGCGUGCGACCGUUCGACGACACGCAGCAUCGGAAGUACUUCUACGCAGUUGACAAGGACGGCAAGCCGUGUGCUAUGGUCGUCCUCGCACAACUGUCACCGGCGCACGGUUUCCAAGUCAAGUGGGCGCUCGAGUUCCCCGGAGCACCCCUAGGCGCAAUCGAAUAUAUCCUGACGCACGUCAUCAAGAAGCUAGGCGAUGCGGGUAUCCGGUGCGCGACAUUCGGCGCGGGCGCGACGGAUCGGCUACAGCGCGUGGAGAACGUCGGCGGAUUUCGUGUGCGAACGCUCGAAAAGACGUACAACGGGCUCUCGUCGCAUUUCAACCUUUCUGGGAAGGGCGACUUCCGCCAGAAAUUCGGCAUCCACCCGGAGCCGAUGUACAUCUGCUAUCCUAAGGGUGGCUUGGGCGUGAAAGGCAUAGAGGCGAUCAUGGGGGCGCUACAAAUGCCAAAGUGA